AGUAAAAAAACACCAAGUGCCGAUACCGACUGACAAGAGCGUUUAGCGCACGUUUUUAUUAAUUUCGAAUUAAUUUUGCAUUAAACUCGGUUAUUUUUGCGGUUAAAAAAAUGUAGAUGAUGAUUUUAUUACUGUACAUUACUGAAGUAAUCAAUCCGCGAGUCUAACCAACGCUUCAGUCAUGUCUGGAAAAUUUUUAGCAUCUUUUUCUAACAGUGGACGUUACUACGCUCAUUUUAGUAAUGAUGGAAAAUUGCGAAUUUGGGACGUGAUUUCCUGCACAUUGAAGCAAGAAUAUACUCCAGACUUUAAUCUAACCUCACCCAUCACCGAUUUGGAAUGGAUUUCAUCGUCGAAAAAAAUACUAGAUCUAUCUUCUAAAAGAAAACGAAAAUUAUCUGACGAUAGUGAUGACACCAACGAAUAUCUCGCCCUGGGAUCCAAAUCAGGAAGUAUUUUCAUCUAUAGCGUAUCUUCUUGCAGUAUUGUGAAUACAUUUCAGAAAGGACAUACGAGUCGUGUAAAUAGUAUUUCAUGGUGCAAAUCGCUCGCCAACCAGUUAUUUAGUUGUUAUGAAGAUCAGCACUUAGUUCAAUGGAACAUUGAGACUGGAUCCCCGUUAAGAGAAUGGAAAUGCGGGAAGAUGUCUUGUGUGGCUGUGUCACCCGAUGGUAAAUCGUUGGUCACCGCCAAAACUGAGAUAAAAUGGUGGGAUAUUUCUGGCGAAAAAGAAAAAUUACUGAAGACCUUCAACGGACACGCGACUGAUGUUUUAUCACUCAAAUUUGUACAGAUUUGCGGAGAAUCGUGUAUUUUAAGCGCAGCUGCGGACAAUAGAUUCAUAAAUGCAUGGCUACUAAAUGCUUCUUCAAAAGAUCGAUGUGCCUUUGCUACUUUUGCUCUAGACGAUGCAUUGGUUUCAAUAUCAGUGUGGAAUACUAGCGAUGGAGGUGUAGAUAUCUUGGCUAGCUCAAGAACUGGUGUUUUACAGGCUUAUCACUGUACCAUAAAUGGGAAAAAGCACACUAAACCUAUAAAAUCGAAGUUGAACGUGCAAAUCGCCUCAGAAAGUGAUAAUUCUAAAGCUCCAGUUGAGCAAAUUCCUAUCGUCGGUGCUAGCUUGUGUGAUGAAAACGUUGCGUAUAUUGCUUAUGGAAACGAUGUGAUUUUGUCAUUUGAAAAAUUGGCGUUGAAUUCAUCGGAAAAAAAUAUGUUCAUUGUUCGGCAAGAUCCUAAAAAAAGAAUUUUAUCAACGAAACAGCAAUCAGCUAAUAAGAUAUUACCAAGUUCAUCCAGCAAGUCUGUACAGUACGCCCAUCCUGAAGCUGUGAACGGAUUUUCUAGUAAUAGCAGUAGUAAAAAGCCUCAAAAAAGAUCCCUUUCUUCCAGUAAAACUGUUGACGUACCAUUAGAAUUGCGUUUAGAAAAUCUAGCUGUCGAUGUGCCAUCAACGUCGACUACUCCAGCGUCUGAGAGUCUGGUUCACUUACUACUUCAAGGGCUGAAAAGCAAAGAUAAUAGAAUUCUGCACGAUGUUUUAUUAGAUAAGGAAGAAAAUGUGAUAAGGACUACGAUUAGUAGAUUACCAGUUGAUGCUAUUCUACCUCUUAGUGGCGAAUUAAUAUCCAUGCUGCAGGGGAAACGUGAUGAGAGUGAUGCUGCUAUAAAAUGGCUAAAAUUCAUAUUAAUCAUACACGCUGCUCAUUUAAUAUCGCUUUCUCAAGUCACCGAAAUAUUUGCUCCCGUAUUUCCAAUCAUCGAAAGUAGAUUAAACAUGCUCGGCCCAUUAUAUAGGCUAGUCGGAAGAUUAGACUUAAUGGUUGAACAAAUCAAGCACAGGACAGAUAAAGUGGACAAGUCUUCGCAAAAUGUCAACUUACAACCCAAACUCAUUUAUCAAGAUGAAGAUUCUGAAGAAGACGACGAAAAUAACGGUGAUGCCUUUAAAGAUGAAAUCAUUUCAAAUAAUGAUUCCGAUGACCAUUGGGCUGAAGAUGACGAUAUGACAGAAAGUGAUGAUGAUAGUGGACAAGAACAGAACGCGGAUAUUGAUAUGGAAAUUAUCGAUAAUACAUAACCAUUUUUAGAAUUUUAUAUAAAUUCAUUGUUAUAUGAAUAAUUUUAUAUAAAAAAAAUUAAAACCAUGUUCUUAAACUCUCUUUGUUGAAGUUUUUCUGUAUUUACUUUUUAAUAAUGUAUUUUGCAUUUUUUGAAGUGUUCUCUUCGGUUGUAAUUUUGUUUAUAUGAAACCGAUCUAUGAUUGCUUAUAUUGUUAUGACCAAAUUUUCAGCAAUACGAAGUUUGUAUAAUGUUGGAAAAUGGCUACUCUCCAUUAUCAAUUUUAUAAAUUUUGUGAAAAAUAUAAAAUUUUUAACAAUUUGAA